AUGUAAAAAAUAAAAUUAGAAGAAGAUGAAGAGUUUCAUUUUAGAAGAUAGUUCGAGUUAUAGUAAAGUAGAGUAGAGCCAAAACAACUAUCAAAAGUAUUAUGAGAUUUUUAUAUAGUUCAAAGAUAUAUUGAAUUAAGCAAUUGAUUUAAAUAAGAGGAAGAAAAAGGAGUUGGCUUAAUACAAUAGAAAAUAAAUAAAGGAAGAAAGUUUAAAUUACACAUAAUAAUAAUUGGAUUUUAUACAGGAAUAGACAGAUGAAGUUUUAACUUAUUAAGAAUACUUGAAAACUAAAUUGGAUGAAAUAUUGAAAGCUAAAUUAUUGACAGAUAGAAAGAUUAAUUAUUAUAAUGAUAAUCUUAGACAUAUAAAAACUUAGCCUGAUCAUGUUCAAAGAGAAUUAGAUGAUAAAGUAAAAUUUAUGCUUAAAAAAACUUAACAUUUUACUUAACAAUUUUAGAAAGAAAUGGAAAAGUUUAGAAGUUAAUCUGAAAUGAAUCAAGAGAAAUAUUCUAGAGACAUGGAAAAUAGUGAAUAAGAAAUUAAAGAAAUCUAAAUAAAGAUUCAAAAGUGUAAAUAAAAAAAUUAAGAAUUAUUAUAAUAAAUUCGUAUUUUAACUGAACAGCAAGAAUAAAAGAAACAUAAAUUAUAGGAAUGUUUUAAAAUUAGUGAAUAUAUCGAAUUUUUUAUGGAAGCUAAACUAAAAGUUGUUGAUUAAAUUCAAGGAAAUCAUGAUCACAUACAAGAAGUAGGCUAAUCUUUAUCAUAAUAAAAUGAUAAAACUUUAACAAGAGAUGAAAUUUUAAAUCAAGUAGAUGAGUUUUAUAAAACUUAAGAUAUUGGAUAAUUAACCAAAUAAAUUAUAAGUACUUAUCAUUAUUUGUUGGAACAUUAAAAUAUGCAAACUAAUGAAUACAACUUUUUUACUGAAGAGAAAACUUUAAGACAAUAACAAAUUUUAUAAUUAAAUAAUGAAUUAUCUUAACUCAUAAAUAUGUGUAACAUACCAUUUGAUGAUUAAACUAUUUUUGGUUCAUACAAUAAUACAGUUAUUGAAGGACCACAAAUUAUUCAUGAAAACUAUCAACUUAAUUAUCAUUUACAUAGUUAUUAACUUUGUUUAAUCAAUAUUUAUCAAAAAUUAAUUGAUAUGAUUUAAAGAUUAUGUAAUAAUGUUAUUUGGUUAUCAGAAACUACUAAAACUAUUCCAAAAUCAUUAGAUAAUAAAUGUAUGUAAUAUCUCAAAAAUUUUACAAAAACUGAUUUCAAUUUAUAUGUACCUCUAGCUACUUAGAGUUUAACUUUUAAUAAAUCAACAAAUUAGAAACAUUUAGGAUAAUAUGUUUGUAUUGGUAAAAGAAAUGGUAGUAUCACUAGUGAAGAGAUUCCUAGUUAAUAAAAAAUUGAAUCUAUGACAAGAAUACCUAAUGAAUAAUUAUCCAAGUUUAAAAUGCAUUAAGAUUAUGAAUUUAUUAUCAAUUAAUGGAAUGAUUUAAUUAGAAAUGAUUUUAUCACUUAAACUUUAUAAUCGCAAAUCAAUUUUGAUAAUAUUGAUGUCACAUUAACCAAUCAUGAAAUCAUUUGUUAAAUGUAUGAUCAAUAUUCUAAACUCAUUAAAGAAGCUGAUAUCAAAAAACAUUUUGAAUUAUAAUUUUCCUAUUAUAGAGAUAUAAUGAGACAUAUCUAGAAAAAUAAUUAAAAUUUUAAUUUAAAAUCCUAAACAUUAAAAUAAAAAUUCACUAAUGAAGUUACCUCUCCCUUUUUAUUAUAAAUUAAGUAACUUUAAUUAAGAAGAUUGUAAGAAUAAGCUAACAGUACCAAUUUAGAUGAUGAGUGUAAUUUAAAAAUGCAUUCAAAUAAAACUUUGAAUACUAAAGAUGAUAGAAAAUAUCAUGAAUACUUCAUUCAUCAAAGCUCAAAAAUUAAGAAACAAUUUCCUGUAUUACAUGAAAAUCUAGUAACUAAAACUUUACAAGAUAUUGAUGUGAUGAAGUAAAAAGAAAUGAAUGAAAACUAUUAAUAGUCAGAUUUAAUUUCUUCUGAUAUGGAUUACUUAAAUUAGGAAAGAAGGAAUUUAAAAGGAAUUCUUAGUAAAAAGAAGCAAAAAACUUAAACAGCUAAUUCUUAAAAAUCUAAAACUGAAUCACUUGAAACUUCUAGCAUUAAGACUAAAAUUAUCAAGCAAGUUGAUUUAUUACAUAAGAUACAUAAACGUAUGUAUAUUUUAAUUAAUAAUUAUUAGUUUCCUCCUCACCUCAUAAAUUAGAAAUCAAUAAUAGUUUUAAUGCAGAAUUGAGUAAAUAUACUUAAAAAGUAAAAAGGAAAAUAUCUGAUUAUUUUACUACAAAAUUAGAUAUGGAUUUUUGUAAGAAAGAAGAAAGUAGAAUUAUAUUGAAACCAAGUCAAUAUGAAAAAACACUUUCAGCAUCAAGAUUAGUAGAACCCUAUCCAAUGACUCCUCAUUCUGAAUAAAUAUUAUCAUUAGAUCGAAUCGAUUCUUUCAAAUAGAUUCAAGAUUCAACCUAAUUAGGAAAUUCUAAAAAAGAUAAAGGUUUUUUGAUAAAAAGAAAAUGA